AUGACGCUUCCGAACACUUCAGACUCCAUCGACGCCUUCAGGCGCGCCCGCGAGCUGAAAGCCUCGGCCUUACAGAGCAUAUCCGUUCUCCAACCUGACUCCUCCACCUCAAUGACCGAAUGUUCCACCACUCUCGCUUUCGAAAACACACUCAUCAAGAUGUUCCAUGCAGAAGGCAAAUCCUGGGUUGAGAUCACCGCACACCUGAACGAGCGCCGCAUGUCAAGCAGUGAAGCACCGACCUGGACAGAGGCUGCCGUGUACUCGCGCUUCAUCUUGAGUUCUUCCGAACCCGCAACACCUGCCAGAGAGGUUGGUUUCGAGCCGCGUGAUUAUGCUCACCUUCGAAACGCGGGCAGCGGCCACGAAGGCACGAGCAAGGCAGGCAAAAAGCGCGUCAAAGACUUCCAAAACGCUACUGAGCUCAGUGCCAAUAUUCGAACACCUGCCAAGUUACAUGGCAAGGACGAUGUAGAGGUCCAGCAGGUCACGGCGAAGGGGAAGGGUAAAGCCAAGAGAAAAAGCAAGGGUAAAGAUGAGAAUAGAAGGAAGGGUGAAGAAGAAGAAACUGUGAAGAUGGACGAAGGCCUGGCCGAGGUGCUGAUGCGUGCCGUGGUGAAGGUGGAAAGGAACUUUUGGGUCUUCGUUGCGGAUGAGGUGGAGAGGGCGGGCGGGAAAUACAUCGAGCCAAGGCACUUGCAGAAAGUGUUCCACGACAUCUGA